CUUCUUUUAAAUGUCAGCCUUGUGGUUCUGUUACUAUGUGAGAAAAAAAGAAAGAAGAGGGAAUGAUUGGUUUCCUGGUCAGCUUAGAACCCAUGCAUGAUCAAUCAUAGAGAGAGCGAGAACCCAAGAUCCCAUUGAUGGUUUUUGAAUCCAUCGUCUUGGUCUUAGGGGCCUGUGGAAGUUGUUGCCUGCGACUUGUCAUGUGGCCAUGGAUGGUCUCUGUGCUGUCAUGCACCUGAGGGAGAUGGCUCGGAGUUCCAGUUUCUCAUGAAGAAAGAAACUAUUUUUUCUUCUGAUAUCAUCUACUGUCAUUCACUCUUUCUUACACCCUUCUUCAUUUAAGCUGGAAGUUUGAAACAGUUCUUUGUGGCGGUAUGCUACUUACCAUCACCCUAAGAACAUGGCCAUGCUUUAAAGAGACUACUGUGAAUAUCACAUGACAACGGAUAUGUGGAGCAUGAUUAUAAAAAUUUUCCAUUUGAUUGUUUGUUAUUGGUGACUUCAUGUGCUUGUGUUUCUCUAGGUGCAGACCUAGCAAGUCCAAGAAUUUGUGACUUGGAAUGCCUCGAAGACAUUGGAAGCAUCAUGACUACAGCUCAUUUUAAAUCUUAGCAGCAGAAGCUGUCUGAUCUGUAGCUGAAUCUCAGAGACUUGCUUGCAGUUGGUCAUCAUUGAAAGAAUAGGCAGCUGGUUAUCAUUGAAAGAAUAGGAGAAAGGAGUACCUUGAUCCCCCCUUUUUCUUUCUAUAUGUUGUUAUGAUUUUCCAUUAGCAUGAUGUAGUUUGAGUGCCUAUGAUGACUUAAUCAUAGAGACUCUGAAACAAGAACAGUUCAGUUGGUUUACAGCAGUGUUCUAUUAACAAUUCCUCCGAAGCAUACUGCCAUUUUCCAGCAUCCCAUUGCAAUGGAGAACAAUGUUUUUGAUGCCUCACAACGAAAGACAGAUCAUGAUCAUAUGGACAACAAUGCAGUUACGUCUAACAUGUUUUCAGGCCCAUUCACAGAGUCAGGUAUGAUAAAUCAUGACAGCAAUGAGCAAAUGAUAGCUGGGAAUAUUUUGUACCCAACCUUGCCAGAAGAGGUUCCGAACAGUCUCUAUAUAACAAGUCAUGGUUCUAUCUCCAAUUAUGCAUCAAGAGGAAAUGCUUCCUUUGAUGAUUCUAUUGGGAGAACUGGCCUGCCGGAGCAGCUCAUCGGAGUGUCUUUGUCUGCUACUUCACUUGCCUACCUCUUAACUGGCUCCACUAGUUUGCAGGAAGAUAUUACUGGUUUAGGUAUUUCGUCCACUUCAGCCUUGCCACCGGAUGAGAUCAGAGCUUUAUCAUCCAGAGACCGUUGCAAUACUUUUGGGCCACAGGAUGUUGCAAGUUUUUCAGGAUCCAAAACCGAUGCCGGUCUGAAUGGAAAAUUUGGUUACAGGUGGAAUGCCGAUGAAACUCAGGAUCUUCAAGUUCCUUCCAGUAGAACAGCAAGUACUGUUCACCCAUCUUAUCAUGUCAGAGGAUGCUCAGAGCCUGGGUGGGGUUCCAAUGCAUCUACCAGAAAAUCUGAUAAUUUACCAAGUUAUCUUCUGCCUAACAAUGCGCUGUCCCUUAAGCUUGGCUCCUAUCAGCCUUCUAUGAUGAGCAUGCUUAAUGUCCCAGAUCAGCGCUCAGAAUUAAGUUGCUCUGAGUUAGAUCAGGUUAUAUCAAAGGAUAGUAAAAACCCAGACACUAUUGCAUUGCAGGAUUCCUCCUGUUUUUUCAGUUCUUUGCAAAAUCUCAAAGUGGGAAUGGCAUCGGGACUUGAACAAACCUUUACUAAUGGCGGGGAACUAUCUCUUUGCUGUUAUCCUUCUCCCUUCCAUUUUCCUCGCUUUCUUUUAGGAUCAAGAUAUCUCGAGAUAGCUCAACAAAUUCUUGCUGAAGUUGCAAGCUAUGCAAAGCUGGAUGACUUGUUUGGUGGUAUUGAGGGUGAGGCAAGGAUGUCCCUUUCUUCUAGUUGUUCGAGUGAAAGAGGAAUUAUGAGUGUGGGCUCUGAUGAAUUCACACUUUGUUCUGGUCUAACCAAAUCUCAGAGCCAUAUGGACCCACAGCAAAGGCUGGAAACUGACACAGAGAAGUCUCAGCUGUUAGUGAUGCUUCAAAUGAUUGACUGUAGAUACAAUCAGUGCUUUGACCAGAUCCAGAACGUGGUGUCUGCAUUUAAUCGAGCAACCGAGUCUGUAACUCGACUGCAUGCACGCUUUGCCCUUCAUACAAUCUCUGUGAUUUAUAAAAACCUGAGGGAGAGAAUUACCAGCAGGAUUCUUUUGACUGGUCAACAACUAAGCAGUGAAUGCACCAAAGAACAGGAGAAUACCUUUGAACCUUCCUUAAUCCAGAAACAAUGGGCUUUGCAGCAGAUGAGAAAAGAUCGACAAUCUUGGAGACCUCAAAGGGGCUUGCCUGAAAAAUCUGUCUCUGUUUUACGAGCAUGGAUGUUUCAGAAUUUUCUUCAUCCGUACCCAAAGGACAACGAGAAACGUGUGCUCGCAUUAAAGAGUGGAUUGACAAGGAGCCAGGUAUCCAACUGGUUUAUAAAUGCACGGGUUCGUCUUUGGAAACCCAUGAUAGAAGAGAUGUAUCUGGAAUUCAGUAAAAAGAGCCAGAAUGAAGGAGCUACGGGGGCUGACUGCUAGACCCAUCGAACAGUUGGCAGAGAAUCCAAAUGAACCUAAAUACGUUGGUUUUGUUUAUCAUGCAUCCCGAUUCAUCGAAUCCAAAAUGCAAGUUUUCUGGAGUGGUCAGUUGUUCAGUUUCGUAUUUCCAGUUGAUUGCAGUCUGCACAUGAAACGUUUCACAAGAACGUUCAUCACAUUCAAGUCCAAAUUGAAGGUUAAUAGUGCAAACGUAUUCUUCAUGGAACUGAAGGCCUUGUUUUCCAUGAUGCGUAGUUAUGAUGCAUGAGAUGGUAUCUAUUGCACUUUUAAAUUCCUUGUUUUCGAUGACGUGUAGUUAUGAUGCAUGCUCAGUAAUACCCUUCACUCAUAAAACCAUAAAGCAUGAAAUGGGAUCUAUUGCAUCUUCAAAUUGUCAGGUUUUGUCAAUAUUAUCGGUACAUCAGAGUGAAUAUAAUUGCUAAUUUGAUUU